AUCCAAAAAGGUCUUCACAGAUAUUUCUUUCUCUCUCCUCUCUCCUUUCCUCUCUCUCUAACCUUAAAAGCCCCACGUCCGAGUCCCUCGGUCUUGGCCGACCUGUUCCGACCCGGACAAUAUGGAUCCCGAAGGUGGAUCCGCCGGAUCUUGUUACUACUCCGUUCUCGGAAUUCGCAGAGACGCCUCCUCCUCCGAUAUUCGCACCGCCUAUCGGAAACUCGCUCUGAAGUGGCACCCGGACCGGUGGGCGAAGAAUCAGGCGCUGGCCGGCGAGGCGAAGCGGCGGUUCCAGCAAAUCCAGGAGGCUUACUCAGUUCUGUCUGAUGCGAGCAAGAAGUCAAUGUACGACGCUGGAUUCUACGAUCCGAUGGAGGAAGAUCAGGAUUUCUGUGAUUUCAUGCAAGAGAUGUUAUCUAUGAUGAACAAUGUGGGAGACGAGGUAGGGAUUUUACUCAAUUUCUCGAUUUACGAAGGCAUGAUUGCAAAUUCUAAAAGGAAGUUUUACCUUUGCAGCCGGACAGUGUCGAGGACCUCCAGAAGAUGUUCGUGGACAUGGUCUCCGGAGACGCGUUUAAUUUUGACUUCAACGUCAACGCAAAUGCACCGUUUGCUCCCAAAAAGUCACCGGUAGCUGGAUCCAACGGUGGCGCAGCAAGGCGCAGCAACUCUCGUCGCUAGUGCAGCCUCCAAAUGCUUUCUUGCUUGGGGAUUUCAUGGGAAUGUUGUGUUUAUUGGUGUCAGUUUAGGCAAUUUGGCUCAGUUUUUUUUUUUUUUUUCCCUGAUUUUUUAAAAAGUUAUGGAGGCUGAAAAUUGAUACAAGUUGAAUAAAAGCGCUCUUGAUCUUUU